AUGUUUGCCCAGCAGUGGCGCGCCUGUGGCCUGCAAGCUAACGUCCAGCUCAGCCUUGUCAGCUGUCAGACUACGCUCGAGACCAAAGACCACAUCACGAUGGCCGGCAAAAAGCCCUUGAAACCAAACAACAAGAAAGACGACUCGACCAGCUUCCCGGGGCUGAAGCAGCACAAUGCAGCGAACCAGGGCCCUAGAGACGGCGGCCCGCCCCAGAACCAGCCGGGCGAUGCGAAGACCCAGUACGAGGAGCGCCAGCAAGACGAGGUGACCGUCCUGGAGGCCAUUUAUGGCGACGAUUUCGUGCAGCACAAGGCGGCGCAUAGUGCGUGGAAGAAGUCCGAGCCGUCCUUUGACAUCCGUAUCAAGGCCAGUCUGGACGAGGACUUUGCCGUGACACUGGGCGUGGUGCUGACGGCAUCGUACCCCAAAUCUGUGCCGCUCCUGACCAUCAAAGACCAUGAAGGCCUGCGUGAGUCGACGCUCUUCAAGGUGCAAAAGGUCAUGGAGGCGCGGGCCAAGGAGUGCGCCGCCGAGGACAGGGAGAUGAUCGACUAUCUGGUCGAGGGCAUCCGCGAGGUUAUCGAGGACGCCGCCAUUGCCAAGGAGCAGGGCCUGGACCUACCGUCGCUGGAGGAAGAGCGCGCAGCACACGAAGCCUCGCAGGCGCAGGCGGCCAAGGACGAGAACGAAGAGAAAGAACGAAAGCGGCAAGAGGAGACGCGCGAAGAAGAGCGUGCUCUGGGCGCCCUUGUCGAGAAGGAGCGCGAGCGGCAGCGCACCAAGGCGAAGGAGAUGCGCAAGAAGAACCGUGCCCAGAACGGCGCGAAUGUGUCGCCCGACCGCGGCACCGGACUGAACGAGCCCGACACCAUGGUCUUUGAUGAGCCGUGCGACCUGACGGACACGGCCGGAAAUUCCAUCUACUUCCGCACGGUCACGGGCAAAUUCCUCCUGCACACGGGUCCCGUCUCCAAGAUUUACGUCGUGCGGCCCGUACUGCGCAGCGACCAGGAGCCCCGGAGCCUUGCCCUGAAACAGACGGAGUUGCAGCCAGGUGCAAGGGACUCUGUGCAAGCCAUCAAGCAGAUCCAGUCCCUUGAGACGCAGCUCAAGUCGCUCAAGAAACUCCGGCGCCAGAAGGUGCACCGAAACAUCCUCGACGUCAUCGACUUCCGCAUUGAUCGCGCAUCGACGGUCGAAGGAGAAAACGGUUCAGGGGCGGCAUCACCAUCGAAGCCAUUGUCGCAAACAUCGCCCCAUCUUUCCCCGCCCCCCAAGGCGUCUCGUACCUCGGGCGUGCCACAGAGUCAGCAGCUCCAGACGUCGUCUUCGGUCGCUCAGGAACAGACGACUUGGACGAUCAGUGUCCUCACGCUGCUGGCGGACAAGGGAUCACUCGAGGAUGUUCUUGAGUUGGCUGGUCACCUCGACGUGAACAAAGUGCGGGCCUGGACACGCGAUCUGCUUGACGCCCUCGACUACCUCCACAGCCAUGGCAUGCUGCACGAGGACAUCCACCCUAGCAACAUCUUGCUCGUCCGUGAUGCCAGUGGCGACAUUGUGCCCAAGCUUGCCGAUGCCUCCUAUCAGCGACUAAUGCACAAUGUAUACUCGCGGACAGGACCUACUAUGACAUCGAUGCGUACGGCCCGGUCGGCGUACUGGCUGCCACCGGAAAUCGCAGGCGCGUCCCGCCCCCAAUACACCCAAAAGACAGAUGUGUGGGACUUUGGUGUCGUCUUUUUGCAAAUGAUCUUCGGCCUGGACGUGCCCCAGAAAUAUCAUUCGCCGCGCGACAUGAUCGAAUCGCAUAACUUAUCAGACGCGCUCGGAGAGCUGGUGUCCAAGCUCUUUAUGCCUGAUCCGAAAAAGCGGCCCCGCGCCUUUGAUCUGGGCUCCAGUGAGUUCCUAGCGACAGACGCGCCCAUCUUGGCCGACGAUGGCUUUUCGAUGGACGGGCCCAUGAUGUCCAUUCCACAGAGCCUACCUCAGCGUACCCGCCACGAUUCCAUGACACGCGGCCCUGCAGCGUCGCGGUACCGCGAGGACUUCAUCGAGGAGGGCCGCCUCGGCAAGGGUGGCUUUGGCGAGGUGGUCAAGGCGCGAAAGAAGCUCGACGGACAGAUCUAUGCCAUCAAGAAGAUUACCAUCUCGCAAAGCCGGCAGGACAGUCUCACGGUGACCGAUAUUCUCAAAGAAGUUCGGCUCCUAUCACAGCUCAGCCACCCAGCGGUUGUUCGUUACUACAACGCCUGGCUAGAAGAGGUCUACGACUUUGGAGGGUCAGAAGGCGAUGCAGCAACGUCGACGGCCGGUUACAGCUCGCAGAAAGUAGACGACUUUGACGACGACGACAUCAAUAUUGAAUUCACCAAGAGCGGUGGCCUUGACUUUAUGUCGUCCGGCGGCUACCCCAACAUUGCCUUCGAGUCGGACUCGGAUGAUGACGGCGACGACGAUGAAGAUGGCGGGGAAGACGAUGGCGACAGUGAUGAUAGCGACAAUGGCAGUGACGCUGCGUACUCUAGCUCUGACGAGGACUCGAAAGCCACUGAGACAAACAACGGGCGCCUCGGUAUCACUGGCUGGAAGCGGCAGCGCCGUGGCAGCCAACGACCCGGUCGUACCAUCAUGUACAUAUCCAUGGAGUACUGCGAAAAGCGGUCUCUUCGCGAUUUGAUUGCACGGAACCUGUCCAAGGACAUGCAAGAGGUCUGGCGCCUCUUCCGCCAGCUGCUCGAGGGCCUAGCACACAUCCACGGGCUUGGCAUUGUGCAUCGUGACCUCAAGCCAGAGAACAUCUUCAUUGGCGCCGGUGUCGACGGCGUGAAUAGCGUCAAGAUCGGUGACUUUGGUCUAGCCACUACGGGCCAGCUUGGCGGAAAUGACCGCGUCCAUGCUUCCAGCAACAUCGAUGCCACCGACGAGACGAGAAGUAUCGGUACGGCUGUCUAUGUGGCGCCCGAGGUUCGGUCAGGAGGUAGUGGCUCCUAUACUUCAAAGGUCGAUAUGUACUCGCUUGGUGUCAUUUUCUUCGAGAUGUGCUAUCCUCCCAUGAUUGGCAUGCAACGGGCCGAUGUGCUCGGCAAGCUACGCAGUUCGCCGCCCGUCCUGCCGUCCGAUUUCAAGCCCAAGGACAAGUCGCAGGUUGACAUCAUCCGGGCCCUCCUCACGCACAACCCCAAGGAACGCCCAUCAGGGGCCGAGCUUCUCAAGAGCGGCAAACUACCGGUGCAGAUGGAGAGCGAGACAAUCCGGCACGCACUGUCCGAGCUCUCUGACCCGUCGUCCCCGUACUACCAAAAGAUGCUGUCGAUGCUUUUUGCACGCCCCGUCGAGCAGGCCAAAGACUACGCCUGGGAUAUGUCGUCCAUGCAGACGCAGGCGCCACCGAGCUCCCAAGACCUGAUGCGCCAGCACAUUGUCAAAGAGGUUCUGAUCUCUGUGUUCCGACGCCAUGGUGCCGUUGAAGCCACACGCAGCUCGCUAUAUCCUCGUUCCUCUUUGUACGGAGGAGCAAAUGUCGUGCAGCUUCUCGACCAGAACGGCAAUCUGUUGCAAUUGCCGUUUGACCUGACAAUGGGCAACGCGCGUGCGCUGGCUCGCUGUUCCUCGGGCAGCAACGUGGUGGGCAAGUCCUACACAUUCGGAAGCAUCUUCCGCGACCGUCCGGGCGGCGGCCAGCCGAGCAUGUUUGGCGAGGUGGACUUUGACCUUAUCACGACCCACACACUCGAUCUCGCCCUGCGAGAGGCCGAGGUUAUUAAAGUGAUUGACGAAAUUACAGCAGCGUUCCCUACGGUGCGCGCCAACCCGCUUUGCUUCCAGCUCGGUCACUCCGACCUGUUGCAGGUCAUCUUUGAUUUCUGUGGCGUCGAAAAGUCAGCCCGUCGCGCCGUUGCCGACGUUCUCAGUCGGCUCAACAUCCACAACGUGACGUGGCAGAAGCUGCGCAGCGAGCUGCGUUCGCCACUGGUCGGUGCAUCGACAACAAGCAUCGACGAGCUCCAAAAGUUUGACUUCCGCGACACCCCGAGCAAAACCUACGCCAAGCUCAAGGCGCUCUUCGAAGGCACCGACGCCUACCAACGCGCGUCGUCGACCCUGGCCCACCUCCGCGAGGUGUACGAGUACUGCAAGCGCAUGGGUGUUACGUCCAAGAUUUACGUGUGCCCGCUCAACACAUGGAACGAGGCGUUUUUCUCGGGCGGCGUCAUGUUCUCAUGCCUGCUGGACAAGAAAGUCAAGGACGUGUUUGCUGCGGGUGGCCGCUACGAUGGUCUCAUCAAGGAGUACCGGCCCCGUUUUGGGUCCAACCUGCCCGACGAGCGCCACGCCGUGGGCUUCAGUCUGAACUGGGAGAAGCUGGCGCCGCCGCCGCCGCGGUCCAGUGGCAAGGCAUUUUUAAAGAAGGCAGCUGAGGAAGAGACGCUGGGUGCAUUUUCUGUUAAGCGGUGCGACAUCCUUGUGGCCAGUUUCGAUCCGACCAUUCUCCGUUCCGUUGGUGUGGAACUGCUUCGCACACUGUGGGCACACGACAUCAGCGCCGAGCUGGCCGGUGAUGCUCGGUCGACAGAAGAGCUUGUUCUCAAGAACCGGGACGAGGGCCACGCGUGGAUCAUCAUCGUCAAGCCGGAAGGGAUUGUCAAGAUCAAGACGAUGCCCUCUGCGGGCGCAGGAUCAGGCGCAAGCGGCGGGUCGAGUGCGGCCGCCCUUCACAGAAGCUAUGCCGCACCCGACGUCGAGCUGCCCUUCUCGCAGGUAGUCAGCUGGCUGCGCAGCGAGAUGCGCGAGCGCGACUCCACACGCACCGGCGCCGUCAAGGUAGCAGCAGCGGCUGCCGCGGCCGCGGCCGUGGCCUCAUCGUCCCUCGAGUCGUCGUCGGUCGGUGGCAGUCAUCACACCGGUGCGGGUGACCGUGCCGGCGGAGCCGAGGGCCAGCAGCAGGAAGUGCGCGUCCUCGUGGGCCAGACCAAGAGCAAAAAGUUCAACCGCCAGGUUGUCGUCGAGCAGGCACAAGUCAGCGCGGCGCGGCUCGUGCGAUCCUUCUUGUCGGGCCCCAUUGCCGCCGUCGAGACGACCGACCAGGUGCUCGACCUGAUUCGCGGCACGGCACUCUCAGACCCGGACAGCUGGCGGCGCGUGGAGCAGAGCGUCAGUUCGGUCGAAAAGAAGUAUACCCGGGACAUCCAGGACAUGCUACUGCGGUGGCGGACCGAGUACGAGGGCAGCAACAGCAGUCGGUCGCGGAAUGCGUUCGUGUACAACUUCCGCACGGGGACGUGCAUCUACUACGAUCUUGGAGCCUAG